CUUCGGUACGGUUCGCGCGACACGCUACCGCUCCAACGAAGCCGAAGCGCGUGCGUUUCUCCGUUCGUUCGUCGUGUGCGCGUGUGUUUAUUAAAUCUUGCAAAUAAGAGCAGCGUAAAACAGGGACGAGGACCGAGUGUACAUUUUUGGUGGAUUCUGUGUGCUUGGGAAGUGUUUGCACAGUGUUGGCGGAUUCCCGCGUACGUUUGGUCGUUUUUUGGAUAAGUUUCGUACACACGGAGAAAAGGGGCGCAGUAUGUGCCCGGCGCUGGGCUUGGCGCCGCACCCCAAAACAGGAACUCCGUCUUCGAAUACAUUCCGACGCAUCCACCGGCAAGAAUCGACAGAUACAGGGGUGGUCCUAAUAUACAGCAGAGAAUGACUCAAAGGGAGGACGUCCUAAAGUUCGAGCAGGGCCGCAUAAAGGCCUUGCAGGAGGAACGUCUGCAUAUACAGAAGAAGACGUUCACAAAAUGGAUCAACUCCUUUCUACUGAAGGCGCGAAUGGAGGUGGACGACUUGUUCACGGACUUGGCGGACGGCAGGAUGCUCCUAAAACUGCUGGAGAUCAUCUCCGGCGAGCGAUUGGCCAAACCUAACAAUGGCCGCAUGCGAGUGCACAAGAUCGAAAACGUGAACAAGUCACUGGCGUUUUUACACACCAAGGUCCGGCUGGAGAGCAUAGGUGCUGAGGACAUAGUCGAUGGAAAUCCAAGGUUGAUACUGGGAUUGAUCUGGACGAUCAUCCUCAGAUUUCAGAUUCAGGAAAUCGAGAUUGACGUGGACGAGGAGAAUGACAGCAGCGAAAAGAAGUCCGCCAAAGACGCCCUGUUGCUCUGGUGCCAGAGGAAAACCAAUGGCUAUCCAGGAGUUAAUAUUCAGGAUUUCACUGGAUCCUGGAGAAGCGGUCUGGGUUUCAACGCCCUCAUACACGCUCAUAGGCCAGACCUGGUCGAGUGGACGGACUUGCAACAGAAUAAACAUAUCGACAACCUCAACUAUGCCUUUGACGUGGCCAAUUCCGAACUUGGGAUUCCACGAUUAUUGGACGCGGAAGACGUUGAUACAGCACGUCCUGACGAGAAAUCUAUCAUCACCUAUGUCGCCUCUUACUAUCACACCUUCGCCAGAAUGAAGAACGAAAUCAAGAGUGGCAAAAGAAUCGCAAAUAUUGUGGGACAAAUGAUGGACGCCGAUAAGAUGAAGAUCCACUAUGAGAAGCUCACGACAGACUUGUUGGAAUGGAUCAAGAUGAAGAUAGGAGUUCUGGAGAACCGAAACUUUCCCAACUCCCUAGAAGGCAUACAACGUGAAUUGCUAACUUUUAAGCAAUACAGAACAGUGGAGAAGCCACCCAAGUAUAAAGAGCGAUCCGAAAUAGAAGCUUUGUACUUUCACAUAAACACCCAAUUGAAAUCGUUGAACCAGCCAGCGUUUACGCCUCAGGAGGGUCAAUUGGUGCACGACAUCGAGAGGAAUUGGGUGGAGCUAGAACGGGCAGAGCAUAGGCGAGAGGUAGCCCUGAGAACCGAGCUUCUUCGUCAAGAGAGGCUCGAGCAAUUGAACUACAAGUUCGAAAGGAAGAGUAUACUCAGGGAGGGCUACUUGAAGGAGAUGAUUCAAGUGUUGACGGAUCCAAGAUACGGUAGCAACUUGGCGCAGGUGGACGCCACGGUGAAGAAGCACGAAGCCAUCAGCGCUGACAUCUUGGCCAGAGAGGAACGGUUUCAUGAUUUGACAAACAUGUCGGAGGAGCUUGUGAGAGAGAACUAUCACGGCUUGGAGAGGGUUCAGGUCAGGGAACAGGAAGUACUGCAAAGGUGGAAGGAGCUUCUGGCCCUCUUGGACCAUCACAAGUCCAACCUGGUUGCCCUGAGUUCCCUCACGAGCCUGAUGCGAGAGAUCGACACGACUUUAGCCUCUAUUCAAGAACUCCAGCUGUACUUCCAGAGCACAGACGUUGGGCCACAUUUGCUGGGAGUCGAGGAUCUGUUGCAGAAGCACAGCUUGCAGGAGCUACAGGUGACCGCCUUGGGAGAGACUCAAAGGAGAUUGGGCAGGCAAGCUGCUCAGCAUUUGGCGCAACCUCAGAGCAAAGAGGUGCCUCUGCUUCAACAGAAACUGGACAUGCUGAACCGUGCCUCUGACAAGCUGGUGGAGUACAGCAAGGAGCGCAAAGCUCGCCUCGAGGACGCUAGGAACUUCUACCACUUCCUCCAAGACCACGAGGACGAAGAGUCCUGGCUGAUCGAGAAACAGCGAAUUUGCAAGGCCGGGAUCUCUGCUAAGGAUCUGCGCGCUGUGAUCUCGCUGCAACAGAAACACAAGGCUCUGCAGGAUGAGAUGAAAGUACGGAGGCCCAAGUCCGAACAGCUUUGCGACGCUGGCCGUAAACUGAUCGCGGAUAGCCACCCGUCGUCCCUGGAAAUUCAGAACCGCAUCGAUUCGUUGCAAGAGCACUGGAAGGUCCUGGAGGAGUUGGCUGCGCUGAGGAAGAAGCAGCUGGACGACGCCGCCGAAGCCUUCCAAUUUUACGCGGACGCGAACGAAGCUGACUCUUGGAUGAACGAGAAGAUGGCUCUUGUAGCUUCUGAGGAUUACGGCGUGGACGAACCGAGCGCCCAGGCGCUUCUGCAGCGACACAAGGACCUGGAGGGAGAGCUGAAUGCUUACAAGGGCGACGUGCAGUCUCUAAACAUGCAGGCUGAGAAGCUUAUUAAAUCUGGAAUCUCCACCCUUGAGCUGUCUGCUGAUUCGGAACCAGUCGCUGAGCUGGAACAGGAAGAAUGGAGCAAAGAAAUAAGGUUGGUCCCUCAAGACGAGUGGGUCGACGAAAUCGUGGAACGAAUGGAAACUAGAACGGUCCUUGAGGACAGACUGGUGCCCCAGGUGAAGAGUCUGUAUCCGUUCAGUGGUCAGGGUAUGCAGAUGGUGAAGAAUGAAGUUAUGUUUCUGCUGAACAAAACCAACCCGGAUUGGUGGAGCGUCAGGAAGGCCGACGGUACAGAUGGUUUCGUGCCAGCCAAAUACGUAUGCGAGUUCGAGCCCAAGGUGAUACAGGUUCAGGUGAAGAGGCCGGAGAAAGUUCGAGUGACGCAGAGAGUGAAGAAGACGAAAAUGGUGAAGCAAAUGGUUCCGGUUAGGAGGGUCAAGUCCAUAAAGUCUACCGUGAAACCGAUCAAGCGGAAGACCGCUACCAGCGACGGCGACAGCGUCGAGAAACGACAGAAGAAGAUCAACGACACUUAUGGCGAGCUCCAGGAGUUGGCAGUUAAGCGGCACGCGUUGCUGGAGGACGCCAUACGGCUGUACGGCUUUUACCGCGAGUGCGACGACUUCGAGAAGUGGAUCAAGGACAAGGAGAAGAUGCUGAGAGUCGACGAUCCUCGCGACAACGUUGAAACCGCGAAGAGGAAGUACGAGAAAUUCCUCACCGACCUGUCCGCGUCGGGGAAACGCGUCGAGGCCAUAGACGCGGCCGUCGACGAGUUCGUCAGACAGGGACACAGUCAGUUGGACAAGGUGAAAGCCAGACAGAGGCACAUCCAUCAACUCUGGGACCAUUUGAACUGGCUGAAGGCGCAGAAGGAGAAGAGCCUGGAGGGGGCCUCGAGCGUGGAGUUGUUCAACAGGACUUGCGACGAGGCUCACGAUUGGAUGCUGGAGAAGAUUACCCAGCUGGACACCGCGGAACUGGGGCCUGACCUUAAAACGGUGCAGGCUUUACAGAGACGACACCAGCACUUGGAGAGGGAGUUGGCACCCGUCGAAGAAAAAGUGAGGAAAGUGAACUUGUUAGCCAACAGCGUAAAGAGUUCUUAUCCCCAUGAACUGAACAACGUAAACGCCAGGCAAAACGAGAUCAAGGAGCUCUGGAACCAGGUUCAAACCAAAGCCAAGGAACGGAGGUCCAGGUUAGAAGACGCAGUUGGCCAGCAGAUUUUCAUGAACAGCUCCAAGAACUUGAUCAAUUGGGCUGCGGACGUGCAGGACACUAUGAAGGUGGAGGAGCCCGUCAGAGACGUUGCUACCGCCGAGCAGCUUAGAAAGCAGCACAUGGAGUUAGGAGAAGAAGUAAGAACGCGGGAAGACGAGUUCAGAGAAGUCGAAGAACUUGGGAACCAACUGCUUCAUCGUAAUCCAGCUUUGGUCGAUGUCAGCGAACGCUUAGAUAAAUUGCACGGUCUGUAUCAAUCCGUGACAUCCAAUUGGAUGGCGAAGGAAGCCUGGCUCCAGCAGUGUCUGGAACUACAACAAUUCAAUCGGGAGGCUGAUCAAAUCGAGGCUACCACCAGCUCUCACGAGGCAUUUUUAGAGUUCACCGACUUGGGGGAAUCCUUGGACGAUGUGGAGGCUUUGCUUAAACAGCACGAGAAGUUCGAGAAUACUCUACACGCGCAGGACGACCGAUUGAAAGCCUUCAGCGACACCGCGAACAAGCUGAUCGCUCAGAACCACUAUGACAAAGAUUAUAUCAACGAGAGGAGAAAUCAAGUGUUGGCGCGACGAAUGGGAGUCAAAGAGGCUGCCCAACGUCGUCGAGCGGCUCUAAACGCCUCGGAGCAUUAUCAGCAAUUCUCGGCGGAGGUAGACGAUCUGCGUGACUGGUUAGGCGAUAAAAUGAAGACCGCGUCCGACGAAAGCUACCGUGACCUGAACAAUCUCGAACGGAAGCUUCAGAAGCACGAAGCUUUCGAGAGGGAGCUCAGAGCCAACGAGGGGCAACUGAGAGCGGUCAAUAAAGCUGGGAAGGCUCUGAUAUCUGAGGAGAAUUACAGGUCGGAUGACGUAGGCGAAACGUUGAAAGAGCUGAACGAUCAGUGGGAAACAUUGGUAGCGUUGUCUCUGGAAAAGGGACGCAGACUGAGGCAGGCUGCCUGCCAACAUGGCUACAAUCGUACCAUGGAAGAUGCUAGGUUGAAGUUGGAGGAAAUUGAGAAUUGCUUGCAGAGCAAGCAAGUAGGAGUAGACCUCAGGAGUUGCAAGGAGUUGCUGAAGAAACAUCAAACGCUCGAGAGCGAUAUGUGUCAGUGGGAACAGAAGGUGGAUGAUCUUGUGGCCAUCGGUGAAGAGAUGGCUCACGAGGGGCACUUCGAUGCUGCGAACAUACUGAAAACUAGCCAGGCGACUCAAAGGAAGUUCCGUAGUUUGAAGGAGCCAGCCAAGAGAAGACGAGAGGCGUUGGAAGAAAGUUUACGCUUCCAUAAGUUUGGUUUCGAAUUGGAUGCGGAGCUGCAGUGGAUAAAAGAUCAUCUUCCCCAAGCAUCUUCAACGACCCUUGGACAGAAUCUGCAUCAAGCUCAGACCUUGCAUAAAAAGCACAAAAAGCUCGAGGCAGAGAUUGCUGGACAUCAACUCAUGAUCGACAAAACCUCAGCUUCCGGACAGGCUCUGAUCGAUCAAGCACACCCGGAGAAGAAAAAGAUACGAGAACUAUGCGACGAGCUCGACGACGCGUGGAGAGAUUUGCAAGAGAAAGCAGGGGAACGAAGCAAAGCGUUGGAUCUAUCGUUGAAAGCACAAGAGUUUUUCUUCGAGGCAGGUGAAGUUGAAAGUUGGCUGAACGAAAAGAACGACGUUCUCAGCUCCACUGAUUAUGGCAGAGAUCGCGAUGCCGCUACAAAACUGUUAACAAAGCACAAGGCUGUCGAAUUAGAACUAGAUACGUACAACGGUAUCGUAACGGAAAUGGGGCAUACAGCCACUAGCAUGAUCAAUGCAAAGCAUCCCGACAGCAAAGCGAUAGCAAACAAGCAACAAGCAAUCGCCCAACAAAUGCGGGCAUUGCAAAGGCUGGCCACAGUAAGGCAGCAACGUUUAAUGGAGAGUAUGUAUCGCCACGAAUACUUCUUAGAAAGUAGAGAGUUAGAGCAAUGGAUCAAGGAGCAGGAACAAGCGGCCGGAUCCGAAGACUAUGGCCAAGACUACGAACACUUGCUAAUACUGCAAGCUAAGUUUAAUGACUUUAAGCAUAGAAUAGAGGCUGGUUCGGAGCGGUUCAAUCAGUGCGAAGAGCUGGCUAGGAAAUUGAUCGCCAACGAGAGCCCUUACAUUCAGGACAUCGAGAAACGCCAAGAACAAUUGGGACAAGAUGAUGAUGACCCUGUAAGGCAAGUGCAGAAGCAACGUGUUGCGAUGGAGGAAUCUUGGCAGCACCUCCUUGGUCUUAUUCGAAAUCGAGAGCAGAGACUGCAAGCAGCGGGAGAAAUUCACAGGUUCCAUCGCGAUGUCGCCGAAGCUUUAUCGCGUAUACAAGAAAAGGAAGCAGCCCUGCCGGAGGAUCUAGGACGCGAUCUGAAUUCCGUCUUGGCACUGAUCAGACGCCACGAAGGCUUCGAAAAUGAUCUGGUGGCUUUGGAGGCACAGCUGCAAGUUUUGGUCGAAGACGCGUCGCGAUUGCAAGUGCACUAUCCGGGCAACAAUGCUGUACAUAUCGAUCAACAACAACAAAUUGUCGUUGCUCAUUGGGAAGAACUGAAGGAGAGGUCUGCUCAUAGAAGAGAUCAGUUGCAAGCAAGUUGCGACUUGCAGCGAUUUUUAACUCAGGUUAGAGAUUUAAUGAAUUGGGCAGCCGGGCUUCGUGCCACGAUGUCAACGGAGGACAAAGUGAGAGACGCGGCGAGUGCACAGCUCUUGAAGGCUGAGCACGAAGCGCUGAAAGGGGAGAUCGAGGCCAGAGAGGCCAGUUUCAGUUCUGUUCUUGAUUUAGGCGAAGCCAUGGUUCAAACUGGCCACUAUGCAGCCGUGGAAGUGGAGGAGAAAUGCAGUCAGCUGCUCGACGAGAGGCAGAAGCUUCAUUCUGCCUGGCAACAGAAGAAGAUUCAUCUGGACCAGCUCAUAGACCUACACUUCUUCCUACGAGACGCCAAGCAACUGGACAACUUGUCGACCACCCAGGAGGCUGCUUUGAGCGGCGACAAUUUUGGGGACUCCGUGGAGGAGGUGGACGCACAGGUCAAGAAACACAACGAAUUUGAGAAGCUCUUAGUGACGCAGGAAGAGAAGUUAUCGGCCCUGCAGGAGCACGGUAACAAACUGCUGGCGCAGAAUCACUUCGAUUCGCCAACCAUAGCGAGACGGUUGAGCGAGGUGGUGCAAAGGCGAGCGAGGAUCCGAAAUCUCUGCGAAUCGCGACGAAACAGGCUGGAGGCGGGCUUGUUGCACGCGCAGUUUGUCAGAGACGUAGCGGAGGCAGAGUCUUGGAUCGGCGAGAAGCAAAAGAAGCUAGAGGCAGAGGCGUCGAAGGGCGAGGUGUCCAGUUUGGAGGACAAGAUCAAGAAGUUGCAGAAACACCAGGCGUUCCAAGCAGAGCUGGCGGCGAAUCAGAGCAGAAUCGAGGAGAUCAAGGCCAAAGGAGAGACGCUGCUCGCGCAAAAGCACCCGGCAAGUACAGAGAUUCGACAGCAAUUGGACAACCUGCACGCGUCCUGGAGGAAGUUGCUGCUGGAGUCUGGUAACCGUGGCAGAGGCUUGGAAGAGGCGCAGGAUAUUCUCGAAUUCAAUAACCAGGUGGAGAAGAUCGAGGCGUGGAUACGUGAUAAGGAGAUGAUGGUCCAAGCUGGCGACACUGGUAAGGAUUACGAGCACUGCUUGAGCCUCCAAAGGAAGCUCGACGACGUGGACAGCGACAUGAGGGUGGACGACUCGAGGAUAAAGACGAUCAACGCUUUGGCGGAUAAGCUCAUCAAACAGGGCAGGGAUAACGAGUCCAAGGCCAUCCAGCAGCGACGCGACAAUUUUAACAGCAAGUGGAAGGGCCUGCAAGGAGCGUUAAGUGCGUACAGGGAAACGUUAGCAGGAGCGCUGGAGAUCCAUCUGUUCAACAGGGACAUCGAUGACACGAGUCAAAGAGUCAUCGAGAAAUCUGUAGCCAUGAACACGUCGGACGUGGGCAAGGAUCUGCCUGCUGUCGAACACUUGCAGAGAAAGCAGGAGGCGAUGGAACGCGAUAUGACUGCCAUCGAAGGAAAGUUGAAAGAUCACAAGGCGGACGCUAGAGGCCUGUCGCAAAAGUACCCGGACAAAGCACCCCAAAUCAAUGGCAUUCUGUCGGAAUUGCAGUCCAACUGGGACGAUCUACAGCGUCUCACUCAGUAUCGCCGCGAGGCGUUGAAUCAGGCCUACACUCUGCACAAAUUCCAAGCCGAGCUACACGAACUGGAGCUCUGGGUGGUGGAUACGAUCAAACGGAUGGACGAGUCCGAACCACCGACGACGAUAUCCGAGGCUGAAUCUCUGUUGGAGCUCCAUCAAGAGCGGAAGGCAGAGAUAGAUGGCAGGCAAGACACGUUCAAGGCCUUGAAGGAGCAUGGACAGAAGCUUCUCGCCAUCAACGAAGACGUGAAGGACAACCUGGAGUAUUUGGAAGAGUUCAGGCAGGGGCUGGUUAAUGCUUGGGAGAGUAGAAGGCAAAAGCUGACGCAGGCUCAUCAAUUGCAGUUGUUUAAAGAACAAGCUGAUCAAGCUGAUGGCUGGCUAGCAACGAAAGAAGCGUUCCUCAACAACGACGAUCUGGGUGAGUCCUUGUCGGGCGUUGAAGCGUUGUUGCGCAAGCACGAGGAGUUUGAAAAGAUGCUGGUAUCGCAAUUGGGACGUGUCGAGGAAUUAGAGAAGUUCGCGAACGAUAUCUUGUCUGAAGAGCACGCUGAUGCAAGUAUUAUAAAACAGAGACUAGUGUCCGUCUGUGCUCGAAGGGAUAAGCUGCAGAACAGCGCAAGAGCAAGGAGGAAAAAACUGUUGGAGAGUCAUCAUUUGCAUCAGUUCCUUAGGAACAUAUACGAAGUUGAGGGCUGGUUGCAUCAAAAGCAACAGGUGGCUAGCGACGAGAAUUACAGGGACUCGUCGAAUUUGCAAAGCAAGAUACAGAAGCACACUGCUUUUGAGAGUGAGCUGAUGGCCAAUAAAGGACGAGUGGCGGCAGUGGUCAACGAAGGUGAAGCACUAAUCGAAGAGAAUCAUUACGCUUCGGACAGCAUACAAGAGCGUUUAGAAGAAUUGGAAGCGGAAUGGCGUCUCCUGCAAGAGACCAGCGAGCUGAAGAAGAACAGAUUAAACGACGCCUAUCAAGCUUUACUGUUCGGCCGUACUUUGGACGAGUUCGAGACGUGGAUGGACGAGGUGGAGACUCAGUUGCAAUCGGAGGACCACGGGAAAGAUCUGUCCAGCGUAGCGAACCUGUUGAAGAGACACACCAAUUUAGAAAACGACGUUCUAGGGCACAACGAGGCCUGCGAAUCGAUCAAGGACACAGCGACCAGUUUCCAGAAGUCGAAACACUUUAUGUGCGACGAGAUACAAGACAGGGCGCUGGUCACCAUAAACAGGUAUCACAGCUUGCAAGAACCGAUGCAGAUAAGAAGGGACAACUUGGAAGACGCGAAGUUGUUGCAUCAGUUCGCGAGGGACGUUGAGGACGAGCUACAUUGGCUGUCAGAGAAGGAGCCUUUGGCUGCUAGCAACGACUUAGGCAGUUCGUUGACCACUGUGCAGCGAUUGCAGAAGAAACACCAUGCUUUGGAGGCGGAGUUGAUAUCCAGAGAGCCCGUAGUGUCGUCCCUGGUCAGCAGGGCCACGAUCAUGGUGAGAAGCGGUCACUUCGCGUCGGAGAAGAUCGAAAAAUUGUCACAGGAACUGCAAGAGAAGCUUUCGCACCUUAGGGAUUUAGCCAGCGUGAGAAAGCUGCGCUUGCUUGACGCCGUCGAGUCGCAAAUGUUCUACGCCGAGGCUGCCGAGGCUGAACAAUGGAUAAAAGAGAAACACCCACAAUCGACGUCUAUUGAUUAUGGAAAGGACGAAGAUUCUGUUCAGUCCUUGCUGAAGAAGUUGGAAGAGAUCGAACGAGACUUACUAGGUUUCGAGAACACCAUUUUGAACCUCAGAAAGCUGUCGCACGGAUUGACGGAAAGGCACCAUUUCGAUAGCAAGAACAUCUCGCAGAAACAGACAGAGAUCGAGCAGAAGUUCAAAGAAUUGCAGAAACUGAAGGACUAUCGAUUACAGCGACUGAGGGAGAGCGAGAAGUUCUUCAAGUUCAUCAGGCAAGCGGAUGAGGUGAUCGAGUGGAUCGGAGACCAAACGACGGUCGCAGCUUCUGAGGACUACGGUCGUGACGUGGAACACGUCGAGCUUCUAAUCCAGAUAUUCGACAACUUUCUAGCAGGUUUGACGACCAGCGAGGGCCGUGUAUCGGCAGUCCUCGACGCAGGACAGAAGCUGAUGGAGGAGAACAACCCAGAAAAGAACAAAAUACUGAUGAAGAUCGAAGAAACGAAGCAACAGUGGGAGGAUCUGAAGGAAUUGGCGCACGCGCGUCAGGACGCGUUAGCGGGUGCAAAGCAGGUGCACAUGUUUGACAGGACAGCCGAUGAAACUAUCUCGUGGAUUCAGGAGAAAGAAACUGCCCUCAGUUCUGAUGGUUACGGUCACGAUUUGGAAACGAUUCAGGCUCUAGUGAGGAAGCACCAAGGAUUUGAGACCGAUCUGGGUGCCGUGAAAGAGCAGGUCGAGUUGCUGAUGGAUGAAGCCUCCAGGUUGAUCGAAUUGUUCCCGGACGCCCGUAUACACAUAGACGUGAAGCACCAAGAGGCUGAAGCAGCCUGGACCGAGCUACUGGAGAAAGCAGCCCAAAGGCGAAGCAAGCUGUCGCAAGCAGAGCAGUUGCAAUCGUACUUGGGCGAGUACAGGGACUUGAUGUCCUGGAUAAACGAAAUGGUGGCCAAGGUAACUGCCCCGGAACUGGCUCGCGACGUGCCCGGCGCCGAGGCACUGAUAUCCAGGCACAGCGAGUACAAAGCGGAGAUCGAGACGCGCAACGAGGCCUUCGACAAGUUCUACAAGAUCGGCCAGGAACUGAUAGAGCAGGGACACUUCCUGGCGAAAGAAAUCGAGGACAAGAUAUCCGUGUUGCGGUACCGUCAGCAGUUCCUCAAAGACACUUGGGAGCAAAGGAGGCACAUAUACGAGCAGAAUCUGGACACGCAGUUGUUCAAGCGAGAGGCCGAAACGCUGGAGAACUGGAUCGUGAGCAGGGAGCCUAUGCUGCACGAUGGGAAGUUUGGCGAGACUAUACCGCAGGUCGAGGAGCUGAUAAGAAAGCACGAAGACUUUGAGAAGACCAUCGAGGCUCAGGAGGAACGAUUCAGCGCGCUGAAGCGUAUAACCAUGUUGGAGCAGGCGUUCCAGAAACAACAACAGGCGGAGAUGGCGGCGAGGCAAGCGGAGAAAGAGAGAAUAGAGCGCGCCCGUCUCGAGGAACGGAAACGCAAAGAGGUGCAAAGGAUAACGGAAGAGAGGAAACGCGAGGAGGAACGAAGACGACUGUUGGACAGCCCUCAUCGUAGCGUCCACGACGACGUAAACGGCACGACCGAAGAACACGAGUCCAUCAACAAGUUGUCGCCUCUGAAGACUUCGAACAUGUCCGACAGCUUGGAGUCGCCGUCGAUCCAGAAACCACACGGCAUGUCUCACGUGUUCGGCGAGAAAUUGAGAAGAACGACGCCGGACAUCAAGAGAGCCGAAAGCAUGAAAGUGGACACGAAGAAACCGAAGAGGACGCCGAGCUUCACGACCAGGAGGAGGACCCAGAGCUUCCGGAAGCUCCAGCGUAUGGAGAACAUGGAUGCCCUGCCCCCGGUGGAGAUCCAAGGCUUCCUCGAGAGGAAACACGAGCUGCAAAGCGCUGGAAAAAAGGCUGCCGUGCGUUCCUGGAAGCAAUACUACACGGUACUGUGUGGACAAUUGUUGUGCUUCUUCAAAGAGAUGGAGGACUUCUCGUCGAGCAAAGCAGCCACCGCCCCCAUCACCAUCUUCAACGCCAUAUGCGAGAAGGCGGACGACUACACGAAGAAGAAGAACGUGUUCAGGUUGAAGUGUACAGACGGAUCGGAAUUCCUGUUCCUCGCUCCUAGCCAGCAGGAGAUGGAGGACUGGGUCAACAAGAUAUCCUUCCACGCCAAGUUGCCGCCCAGCUUGCAGCUUCUGAGUUACGACGAGUCGCAGAAGGAGGGUUUGGAGAGGUUGCAGAACGUGUCUGUCGAGCAUGCCGACGACAACAUGUCCACCGGUAGCAGCCACGCGUCUACCCCUGAACUCGAGCGAAAGAAUUCUGUGAUCAGACGCGACGUGUCCAACUCCUCGAGCAGCGUUCAAAUCGAGUUCCUUCAGAUGCACAGACAGAAUCAACAGAGACGAGAUCCGCAGAACAACGCCGAGUUCAUAGCUACUCCUAGAACGGAGCUGCACCAAACGCAAACGGAGUUCCUGCAAAUGCACAGACAGCAGCAAUUGAUGGCGCAGCAGCAACAGUUGAUACAGCAGGAACAGCUGGCGAACCAGAGGGAUCAAUAUCAAUCCAAUUCGGGAGAGAAGCCACCGAUCCCGCCGAGAGGUGCUCCGCCCCCAAUUCCUAUGCGUUCACCGAGUUCAGAGGCUUUGCCCCAAUAUAGACGCGAGGAUGUUGAACACGUACAAGGGAGACCUAGCUUCUACCAACAACGUAGCGCAACACUGAACCAUAACGGGUCUGGUCAGUACACGUCUAACGCAACCUGGCAUAGACAAAGUAGCGGUGACAUCACCUCUCAACAUCAAGAAGUAGCACCUCCCUUGCCAUCGAGUGCCCCUCCACCAACCAGAAUGGCUCAGUGGAGUGCUCCUCACGAUCCUGCUUAUGGAAAUGUCCCAGUAAAUACCAGACAGGGUUUGCAGCAGAAUAAUUCCUUCACGGGUAGGCCAGUGUCUUUACCGCCAUACGUAGCCCCGCCUGCUGUGCCACAAAACUCGCAAAACAUAGUGGUGGACAGCAGGAGAGCCAGCGAGAGUGGAUCGGAAAGCGAACACAGCAUGGGUAGUAAUCGCAAGGAUCGCGAUUGCAAGAGGAGUUCUGUUUUGAGUAAUCUAUUUGGUAGACGUAAGAAACCUCAAUCGUAACCUUAUAGGCGAUUACGUUUACGCACGCUUGCGUAAACAUUCACGGAACAGUGUGGCAAAUGAUAAAUAGUUCCUUGGAAACUGUUGGGAAGAACACGUGUAUAUGUUAUCUUUGCUGCAUGAUACAUUAACAUCCCCUGUAAAUUAUUUUUAUGUACUAUACAAGUUUUACUCGGAGUAUAAAUUUAUCUUUAUUGUUCACGUUGUUCGAUAGCGUUGAUGAUUAUGGACAACGUAAGUUUAACGAACAGAGUACUUGAUUCUAAUAGUUUAAGAAUCUGAGGGAGUUGUAGCUCUUCGCAAUUUAACAUUUAUUUAGUUCAGCGUUAUGCUGUCCAAAUUAAUAAGGAAACCCAGUUACAUCGGAUACGCGCGUCUCUCUUGUUUCAAUAAUUCUGUCAUAUUGGGAAAUACUUUUAUCACAUGAUGAUAACUUCUAAGAAGUUUUGUACCAUGUUCGACGCAAAUAUCGAACUCGUUGAAAGUAUAGACACUGAUCUAUAAUGUACCGGAUACAUUAAGGAUCGAGAGAGAUUGUUACAGACAACAUUCGAAGAAUUAUUAUUAUUUAAAGUUUGAUUCUAAUAGCUUGAAAAAAAAAAUCUAUUACGCAACAUACGAUUUUCUUGAUUCGCGAAUAGUUACAGAGGAAAUUAUGAGGUAUAAAGAAAAAGAAUUGUUGAUUUAGUGUUACUAUGAUUGUUAAAUGGUUUGAUGAGCUUCUUUGGAUGCAUCGUAAAUGUCAUAUGUUAGAGGGAUUACGCCUUACACGCGACGAUCGUUAUUGAAUUUAUUUAAAGUGUACCUGACUUUAAGAGGAACGUUGAAAUGUAUGAUGAUGGAGCAUGCAAAAUGCGCGUGCAACGUAAGAGUUUAAGUUUGUAGAUGUCAUAAUAUAUGUUGCAAAUAUUAUAUAUGUGAAAACGCCUGUCCGGGACCAAUGAUCUUAAUGUAUUAAAGUACCAGGGAUAUGUACACAUAUCGUAUUUUUGAAGGAAAACGAGAAAAUGAUAUAUUCUUGAAGUUCAACAAUUAUUCUUCUUUUUUUUUUUUAUAACGAAGUAAUAUUAUGAUGUGUAAAGUGUAUUUAAUACUACAUAAAAAUAUAAUUAUUAUGUAGGCUUAUCAGUGCUAUUCUGUAGUUAUAUAGUGCAAUUCCUUUAUGCGCUAAGGAGUCGUCAACCGAGAGUUAAACAGAAAGAUUAAAUAAAUAA